AUGGCCGGCCUCAACGCUCUCUUCCGGCCCGUGCCGCUCUUCGGCGCCGCCGCACUCCUCCGUAUCGGCAUGCUCUUUUAUGGGCUUUGGCAAGACGCUAACUCAGCAAUGAAAUACACCGAUAUCGACUACUUGGUUUUCACCGACGCUGCUCGCUUUACUGCACGAGGGCGCUCACCUUACGACCGUGAGACCUAUCGUUAUACCCCACUGCUUGCGUGGAUGCUUAUUCCUACCGCCUGGGAGGGAUGGUUCUCUUUUGGAAAGGUUGUUUUUGCUGUGGCAGACUUGUUGGCCGGAUGGCUCAUCGUGCAGAUCUUGAGGGGUCGUGGUGUGGAUCAAGAGAGGGCGUUGAAGUUCGCUAGCAUCUGGCUGUUGAACCCCAUGGUCGCUACGAUUAGCACCCGCGGUAGCUCUGAGGGGCUGCUUGGGGUUCUGGUCAUGGCCCUUCUCUGGGCGGUUUUGAAGAAGAAGACAAUCCUGGCUGGUCUGAUUCUCGGUUUCGGAGUCCACUUCAAGAUUUACCCGUUCAUUUAUGCUCCAGCAAUCGUUUGGUGGAUGGACGAUGAGGCACUCGGACGUAAAGGGGCAGCUGGUAACAAGACUUUGGCGCAGACCGUUGCCAGCUUCUUGAGUCCUGAAAGGAUAAAGCUGGCCGUCGUCAGUCUGUCAACCUUCAUGGGACUUAACCUUGCCAUGUUCUCGAUCUACGGCACCCCGUUCUUGGUGCACACUUACUUCCACCACGUCACUAGGAUUGACCACCGGCAUAACUUCAGCCCAUAUAACAUCCUUUUGUAUCUGACUUCGGCCUUUCCAUCGGCAUCCACCAUCAAAAUCGAGUCAUUCGCGUUUCUUCCCCAGAUUCUGCUAUCGACCGUCCUUAUCCCUUUCGUUCUGGCGAAGAAGGACCUUGCAACGUCGAUGAUGGCGCAAACAUUCGCCUUUGUGACGUUCAACAAGGUUUGCACGAGCCAGAACGGGAAGCUGGGGAUUGUCGCUCUGGCUUCAUGGGUUAUAUUUCAAGCUGCAUGGCUACAGCAGGGUUUCCAGCUUGAGUUCCUGGGAUACAGUACUUUCUUCCCAGGUCUCUUCGCACGUACAAGCCCCGUCCUGAUCUACCGUGAACUGGGACGUUGGUGCCUGGAAAGUGGCCACGUGACUAGGCGUCACUUUCCCGCAAUUCUACGGACGCGCACACGACCUUUGCAGCUGUUCUCCACAACCUCACUUCAGUCGCAUCACUCCAACGCUCGCUCCGCGCCACCGCGGUCACCCAUUGCGCAACGAUCUGCAGACCUCCCGUCGUGGAUCAUAGGCGUCGUCGCAAUGUGGCUCUUAGAAAACGACGCGAAUGUUCUCGCUGGUCGUCGACUAUGGCUACGACCCGGAAAACUGUAUCUCUUCGGCAGAACAGCAUCGGAGCCCGGACAACUCGCCAUCUCUCACAAGACCAUUUCGCGCAAGCAUUUGACGAUACAGGUCGACAAGGUUCCGAACGGUGACAGCGAAUAUUUGUCCAACAGGUCGACAGUGACGAUUGAAGACUUAAAUACGAAGACUGGCACGACUGUGGACGGACACAAAUACAAGGGCGAGAAGCAUGUGCUCACUCAGCCUACGGCCGAGAUUAAGAUGGGCGGCUGUCCAGACCUGUUUCGUCUGACAUGGCAACCCGUGGUGUUGACCUUCAGCUUCUCGAGCCGCGAACUCCAAGCCAACCCCUUCUCACGACUGCGCACCGAUCUCGAACAGCUUGAUAUCAAGUUGACUGCCGAACACAGCAUUCAGCAUACAACACAUGUUGUAGUAAAGAAACGGAAUACAUCAAAGGGACUCCAGGCUCUUAUCAACGGAAAGUACAUUGUCACCGAUUCAUAUGUCGAUGCAAUAGUGGAAGCUGCCGCAGGAGAUCCGACAGAGACGUCCGCACUUGAAGAAGACUUCGAUGGGUGUUGGCCCGACCCGCUGAAACAUCUGCCUCCCCGCGGCGGUGAACCUGUAGAACGUCCAGCAUCUGCGUACGCACCGGAUGAGGGCCGUCAGGACAUUUUCGAGGGAUACACAUUCGUUUUCUACGACCAGGGACAAUUCGAUAACUUACUUGCGCCAAUCACAAAUGGCAAGGGCAAAGCGUUGUAUACGAAAGUCGACCCUAACUCGACUACUGUCGACGAUUUUAUACUUUACGUCAAGACGGAGGCAGGUGAAAAAGGGCUCGGAUCUUUCGAAGACGGCAGUGAGGGAAGAGGCGUGGUUGUUGUGCGCUAUACCCCGAACAAGGGUGAUGCAGUGGACUGGUAUGCCGACUUCUUCACCCAGGUCUCGCUGCGCUUGGAUCACCGACCCAUCGAGCAAAACGAGUUCCUUGAAGCUAUUCUCAUUAAAGAUGCGAGCAUUUUGCGCCGGCCCCUUGAGGUUGAUCCCACCCAAGGACCUACAAGCACUUUGGCCCAACCGCCGGCAAGUAGCGACUCUAAUUCAAUGGAUGUCGACCAGCCGGCAACUUCCCAACACACACCGCAGGAGGUUGCAGCGUCUGGCCCUUCAUUUAGAACCACCCGCGUGCGGAGAGCAGCAACCAGGCGUUUUGCAGGUUUUGAUGCCGAUGACGACGACGAGGAUAACAUGACACCUGCUGUGACGGAAAGUGUCCCUGUCAGUAUAGAACCAGAGGAGGGUCUAUUCGUUUCACAGGAAGUACCAGCAGCGAAUGGGAUCGUUGAGUCAUCACAGGACACGACGACAAGAAGGUCACAGAGGAAGCGGCCUGCAGCUCAGGAAGACAGCAUCAUGGAUGACAUUAUCCCGACGGCGGCUGCGGCGAAGCGGCGGCGAAUUGCAGCGGGAGAGGACCCUGUCCCGCACCAAAAAGAACCUGAUCCUCCCAAAGCCGCUGAACCAAAGCCUGCGGCAAAGCCCAAAAAGGUGAAAAAGGAGAUUGACGUUUUAGAGGUCGCCCGUCAACGGCGGGAAGAGAUGGAGGCCCGCGCGCUGGCCGAAAAGGAGGAUCUCGCCAACCUGCCCGCCGACGUUGACCUUGAACAAAUCCGUCGGUUACAUAUUGUUGAAGAGAUGCCACUCCGCCAACCGUCAGCCAACCGAAGCCAGGAUCAUGACACUGAAAACGGUAGGUGGGAUCCUCGCUGGAACGGUCGCAAGAACUUCAAGCGUUUUAGACCGCGAGGCGAACUUACUGGUCGCCCGCCGCAGAAAGUGAUCGUAUCCCUGACGGAGGUCAAGAAGAAGGAGUUUGGUAUCGGCGAUGACUACUGGCUCGAGGAUGACAGUCAGCGCAAGAAGAAGGGCAACGAGAGUCAGAAGAGCGGGACCAACAAUAGCGAGCCCGCUGCUCCACCCCCAUCGGCUCCCCGGCAGCGGCCAGUUGUUCUCAGCGACGACAGUGAUGAGGAGUCAGGAAUUCCGCAGACUGAGCCCGAGCCCCAAUCUGCACCGACUCCGGCGCAGCGGACGAGGAAUACGCGCGCAGCAACGACGCAAUCACAGAUUACAAGCCAGAGCCAGUCGCAGAGAACGACGCGGGGGAAGAGGGCGGCACCGGCACCUGCCAAAGAGCCACCUGCGAAGAAGCCUCGUGCCACCAGGAAAGCCAUCGAAGUUGCGGAUAGUGACGACAGCGACGAUGAGCUUAAAUUCAAGUUUGGCCGGAGGCGCUGA